AAUAAACCAGAAUAUUUUCAAAUAGGAGAACAAAACUGGCUAGCCCGCUCGCUAGCUCUUGUGUUCUCGCUAGGUCUCGCGAGAUGUGACGAGGCGUUCGCAACUUGGGGUGCUCUUCCGUGAAGGAUUCCUACCCCCCAAAUCACAGGCCCUAAGAAUCAAUGGGUGUCCAGGGUCUCACCACCUACGUGGAGGCGAACAGAAGCUUCCUCAAAGAUAUCAAGUUCAGGGACAGCCGUCUGGUUAUUGAUGGCUGCAGUCUCUUUUUCCACCUCUACUUUCACCACUGCUUGGACCGGCAGUAUGGAGGCGACUAUGAUGCUUUUACCUGCCUGCUCACCCAGUUCCUGUCAGCAUUGGAAGCCUGCAACAUCCAACCCUAUGUUGUAUUGGAUGGAGGAAUUGAUCCAAGCGACAAGAAGUUUUCAACUAUACGACAGCGUCUACAGUCCAAGAUAAAGGAUGCAGAUAAUAUCGCUCAUGGUCGUGGCGGCUCUGUUCUUCCCGUCCUUACGAGGAAUGUCUUCAUUCAGGUCCUCAGGCAGAAGGGAAUCCCUUUCGUCCAGUGUCCAGCUGAGGCUGACUUGGAGAUUGCGUGUUUGGCUCAUCAUUGGAACUGUCCAGUUCUCACCAAUGACAGUGACUUUUAUAUCUUUGACCUGCCAGAUGGCUACUUGCCACUCUGUUUUUUCCAGUGGACCCAUCUUAAUGGCAAAGUCUCUAAUCGCUACAUUUCAGCUCGACGCUACACCACCAACGCACUUUGUCACUGGUUUGGUGGCAUGAAUCCGGAACUGCUGCCCCUGUGUGCUGUCCUCAAUGGUAAUGACUACGGUGCUCCUAAAGAUACUGACACACUUCUUGCUCUGUUGGAUGUAAAUUCAUUAGGCAGAAGUGGUGGCAAAGGAAAAGGUUACACCUCUCGCAUCGAGGCCCUUCUUUUCUGGCUAUCAUCUUUUUCUAGCCCAGCAGAAGCCCUGGAAGAGAUCAACAGAAUCAUGGGAGAUGAAGUGGCUCGGAGCAGAAGAGGACAGAAGAGUGGGCUCAGUUCACAGCUGUGGACAUGUAUGCAGGAGUACUGCAUCAGCCCUCAGAGCUCUCUGGCUCACUGGUUCUCUGGCAGAAGGAUGGCUCCAGGAGGAGAGACCUCUGGACUUGCAGAUUAUCCUGAGUGGAUUUCACAGGCUGCAGCCCAGGGGCUGUUGUCUCCCCUCGUUGUGGACGCUCUGGUGAUGCGCAGAGUCCUUCUGAUCCCACAAGUGGAGAACACUAAACUACCCAGCAGCUAUUGUAGUUCCAAAGCUAUACGUCAGGCUAUUUAUGGGAUACUACAUAAAAGGAAAGAGGAGAACGUGAGCAGAUGUGACAGUGGGCCGCAAUCGAAAGAAACCGGAGGUGCUGUCCAGGGACAGGAGACGAGACCACACGCAAACACAAGACAGGGGAAGAGAGGUGGCAGGAGGCAAGGCGGAAGAGGUCGAGGAGGUGGACACAGCACUGGAGGUAGAAGUCAGGGUGGGAUCUUACCUGCAGAGCAGGAGGUCACUUUUGCAGGGUCUAGCAGUGAACGAUCAGCGGGUGUAGCACGAGCCCACGAUCAGGGGUCCGUUGCUCCGUUGGUUUGUGUUGAAGAAUUUGACCGUGUGGACCUGUCCUUAAAGAGGAACCAAGUGGAAGCACGUCCACCCAGAGCCACAGUAUAUCUGGAUACACUUGAUCAGGUUUCUGCCCCAGAGCGUCUGAACAUCUUACUAGAAGCCUUAGAAGUGAAGGAGUCUUUCCUCACUGCUGUCCCUCUUCACCUGAGACUCGCAGUGGCGGGGACUACCAUCUGGAUGCGAGAGUCUGUUCCAACACCUUCACAUCAGCAGCUCCAGGCUUUGGUGCUGGGCAUGGUUUAUGGAGAGGUGACUUGGAAUAACCAGCCUGGUGUUACUCAUUACCAUUAUGCUGUGUCUCAGAUCAACUGGGCUUCGGAGUGCAGUGUGUGGUCGCUACUCGACAGGCAGCGUGUCAGGCCAGGAGAUAGGCGGGGCUUGGAUAUUGUAGCGGCUCACAGUUUCAGCCAAUGGCAGGCCUGCCUCUUCAGUGCACUGAGUCUCAAUCAGCUGCUGCUGCUGCCACUUCCUGAACCCCACCUGUCAUGGUUGUUCAGUGGUACCCUGGUGCACGGCCUCCUCAGGUAUCUAAAAAGUGGACAACCUGCUGAAUCUCUACUUGCUGGGGGUUCCCUGUCUGAACAGCUCUACUCCUCCGUCAUGGACGCGGUGAAGAACAACAGUGCCAAGGUCCGUCCUAACCCAGUGGCUGCAGGGAGAGGGAAGAGAGGAGGAGGAGUGGGAGCAGGAGGCAGGGGAAGGAGAGGGAGACGUGCUGGAGGAAGAGGAACUCGGGGAGGUGGUGCUGGGGCAGAAGAGAUGAGCAAUCGGUUUUCACUCUUGAUGAGAGAGGUGGAUGAGUCUGGAGAUCACUUAUGAAGGAAUAAUAUAAAAUGGAACUAAAACUUGUCAUUAUAACACGCUUUUGGAGGUCCAGACACUAUGAUACACUACAUUCCAGUGAUUUAUGAAACAAGCUCAGGGAAUGAUAGUCAGUUUUUUUUACAUUACCACCUUUUAAUGUUUUUACCACAGUCUUUAAAACUGAUUUGCGUUUCUUUAGAGUGUAAGUAAGACAUCUGGUUGUGGUAAACAUGGAGCACGGAAGAGAUUUGGAACGCGUCACCUAAAACAAUAGACUGCAGUAAAUAUGCCAGAGUAGUCUGAAGUUCAAUAGCAUUACUGCUACUGAUACUACUAUUACUAAUAAUGUAGGUAUAUUAUACGAAGUACCAAAGGAUAUAUAGAGAAAACCAUCUAAAAUAAAGAACAUUAAAUGAUAAUUGAUGUUCAUUUUAGUUAAAUACAAAACAAGUACCUGUUAAUGAACAAACACCAAACUUUUAACCAUGACAAAUGGCACCCUUUAACAGACAGGCAUCUGCCUACUGGAUAUAAGAAUUGAAAUGUCUCAAUAAGAGGCCACAAAUUGAAGAACUUCUUAACUCAAAUCACGCUUGAAAUGUUCUUUAAAUUGGGUUUAGAAUGUCUUGCAUCGUCAACUCUGUGAACUGAACCAGCCCCUCCCCCCAGGUGGUGGUAUUAGUUUAUCCUCGUUUUUAUUGAAAUUUGUUAACCUUUAGAGACCUGCCUUGGCAGCUGAUAAAGAAAAAAUACAAGUAAACAGCUUUGUCUUUACAUGCUGUACUUGGUGGUUAUUAGAAUUGGGUUUUUAUUUUGUAUUGCUUUACUUCCAAAAACUGCAUACUCUAUCUGUAAUUGUUGUUAAGCAUGUAUUAAUACCACAUAUUUCCAAAGUUUCAGUAUCAUAUCUUAACAACUUCUUUUUAUACAAAGUGAUGAAAUGAAUGCAGCUUUUUUCCAAACCAACAGUUUUUAUUCGCUUAUAUCAAUUCAGUGAAUGAAGAAACAUUUUGUUAUAUCAUGUAAAUAAGCAUUUUUUGAAGGAAUUUCUUUUUUACUAAUGUAUCGCAGAAGCCGUAUCACUGAUCAACUUGACCACAAGUUGGUAAUUGUUAAAAAAAAUGUUAAUCAAAUUAAGACCAAUUAAAAAAAUGUUAUUUUGUUUUUACUUAGAUGCAGCUGAGAAUGGAAUGAGUUUGGUCAUUGUAAUCACUUGGUACAGUCUGUUUAAAGUAAGAGUGCAUUAUUACAGAAGCACUCUUCAUCUCAAUUUACACACUUCCAUUAAGAUUCAACUACAAAUAAAUACAGUAUCUUGAGACUCUGUAACAGCAUUAUUUUAGACAACGAUAAUAAUAAAAACAUUUAAAAUAAA